CGGAACGCAGCCUUUGAAUCGCUGACAAAGAUUGGUAGAGAUUUCCCGCGCACGCAAUCUCAUCUCGUAUACGUUUGCGAAGUCAUGUGCUGUGACAAUUAAUAUCAAAGAGAGAAAUCUCAUUCAUUACUCGUUAUCAUUUGACAGCAAGAGUGCGCCGCUGGGUUAUAACAAAAUUUUUGGGUUUUUACAAAAUCUCAAGUGGCAAAAAAGCAGACGUUAUGACUUCUUUUAAUUUCAGCGAGCUUAGCAAGCAACUGAAAGAUACCACCCAGCAAAAUUCUCGUGUCGGUGUCUCUUUUGCCGGUCGAUCUCUCAAAUUAGAUACUGCAAACGAUGCUCUGCAGGUGGUGGAAGCAAUAAACGCAUGUCCUUGUUUGGAAUAUCUGGAUUUAGAAGGAAAUACACUAGGUACACAGGCUGCAGAGUCUAUAGCUGAAUCGUUAAAAGAAAAGGGAGCUCCCUUGAAAAGAGCUUUAUGGAAAGAUAUGUUCACUGGUCGUUUGAAGACAGAAAUACCAAAAGCAUUGGAAUACCUAGGCACAGCAUUGUGUGUAGCUGGUACUCGUCUUACCGAACUUGAUUUGAGUGACAAUGCUUUUGGACCGAUUGGUAUUCAGGGAUUAGCAGAUCUGUUGAUGUCACAUCCAUGUUAUACCCUUCAAGAAUUAAGAUUGAACAAUAAUGGUCUUGGUAUAUCUGGUGGAAAGAUGUUGGCUCAAGCAGUAUUAAAGUGCUAUGAAAAUAGUUCCAAAGAAGGCAAACCACUUGCGCUGAAAGUUUUUAUUGUUGGCAGAAAUAGAUUAGAAAAUGAGGGUGCACAGGCGUUGGCACGUGUAUUUAAUGAAUUAAAAACAUUAGAAGAGAUUGUGAUGCAACAAAAUGGCAUAUAUCAUAAAGGCAUUGAAGCAAUUGCAUAUAGUUUGUCAGCUAAUCCUAAUUUGCGAAUUUUAAAUUUGAAUGAUAAUACAAUUGGCUUGAAAGGAGCCAGAGCACUUGCUAAAGUCCUACCAACUUUUCAAAACUUGGAGGAAUUGAAUCUUGGAGAUUGUUUGCUGAAGACAAAGGGAGCUUUAGUUUUAGCAGAGGCGUUAGCAGUGAUUGGCAAUCAUACGUCUCUUAGAAAUUUGGAUUUAAGUCAUAAUGAAAUACGUAUUGAUGGUGGAAAGGCCAUUGCUCAGGCUAUGAUCGAUAAAACGCUUCUGUCUAAUCUACAGCUGGAUGGUAAUAUGUUUGGGAUAAAAGGACGUGAUAUGCUUAAGCAAAUUCUCACCAAUUCUGGAAGAAUUGAUGCAUUAAAUUCAUUUGAUGAGGAUGAAGAUGAUGGUGAUGACGAUGAUGAUGAUGAUGAUGAUGAUGACGAAGAUGACGAAAAUGAGGAUGAUGGAGAGAGCGAGGAAUGUGAAAGUGAUAAUAAUGAAGAUACAGAAAGUGACAAAGAUAAUAAAACGCGAGAUAACGGUGCGCAAAGCAUAGUGACAGUCGCAGAAUUUUUAAAAUCACCAGUAGGUGAGAAAUUAUUACUACUGCAAGGUAAUAAUGUGCAGGCCUUUAUUGAUCAUGCAGAGAUUUUAGCCAUUCAAAGUGAUAUAACUACAGAACAAAAGUUUAUAGAGGAACUUAUGCGAAUAACUAUGAAAGUAUCAGCACUAUGCGAUAGUGGCUACAUGAAUGUGAGAAUAAAAGCAGAAUCCUUGUCAGAUGCGUUAUAUGCACAGUUAUUCUCAUAUGCUAUAGAAAAAGAUCAAAUUUCGAAUUUGACUAAUGCGCUAUUGAUCAAUCUUGGCUUAAUUAAGAGUGAAGACAAGAACAAUGGGAAAAUUGAUUGGAACCUGGAGGGAUGUUUUAAAGCUUUAGAAAAAAUUUGCCAGAGGGAUUAUUUCUUGGAGCAAACGAGAAGUACAUUAAAGUUAUUUGUAGAUAAACCAGUGAAGACUAGUCGUGCAAAGGUAGUAGAUCCCUUCCGAGAUUCCAAAGCUGCUCUCAAAACUGUCCUAGAUCGUACUCAAGUUACAUAAAUUUAUUCUAAAUCACUAUAUUUUAACAUGAAAUGUACCUAUUUAUUUUUAUAUGUUGCAUGAAAAAUAGAUUAAACAUUUCACACAUAAAAUUGUACCUAAGUAAACUAAUACUAUUA